CCGCCAUCUUGCACAGUAGCUUCAGGCUGUGACCUAUUUUAAUUUUCAUAUUAGGGAUAUUUUUCAGCCAAUAUACAUACAUAUGUAUAUAUCUACAUUCAAGUAUUAGUAUAAUUUAACAUAAGUUUGGGGUUUCCUUGAUAGACAAUUGAUCUUCAUCACUUGGUUGAAUUCUAUUUUGGAGUUUUCCAACAUUCCCAACUGCAUAUUUCUAACGUCAUUUACUAUUUCUUUCACUUCCGCCAUUUUGACAAAAGGAGUGAUCUUUGUUUUAUUUCUCAUACUGCUAUUUCACUCUUCCUUGUGGCAAGCGUUUGGCAACGGGUUAGCUGUCAAGCAUUGUACAUGUCACUAACAACUGUCAAAAGCGUGUUUCAUAUAUCGUGUCUGAAGUUUAUUGUGUGAAAAUUUUGAAGUUUAAUUAAUCAAAAAUCGCAGUAGAAAUUGACGUUUUCCUAAUUUUGUAUACAAAUACAUGUCAAAAAACACUGGAGCCGGUAAAAACUGUAUGAAAAAGAUGAAAACUCGCAACAAUCUAGGAAAGCUGUUGAAUGCUUGACUACAUAUCCCUAGCUUACUUGGUUAACAAAUUAAGAUUUGUUAAAGACUUUAAAUUGCAUUUAAAGGACAAAUUCACUUGAAUAGGCACCUAUCAAACAUAUACCAUUCGUUUGGUAAUAUACUUCAAAUUAAGCUCUUGAAGUUGAAUUAAAUAUAUCAGUUUUCUAACUUUGGGAAACUUUUUUAAGACAAUACAUCUUUUUUUCUACAUUUUUCCGUUUUAUUAUACAGGAGUAAGAGCUUACGCAUACCAAUGAUAUCGGCGCAUGGGUCUUGCUAAUUUAAGGGUAACGCAAAUUUACGUAAAUAUAUCAGCUUAAAAAUGCUUUCACCAGAUACGUUGCAUCACGAAGAAGUCAAUUUGGCUUUGGACCGACAAGUGCGUCAAGAUAUACAGGAUAUGGCACAAGAAGCACAAAUACAAGCGCAAAUCAUAGCUCACGAAGCGCGUGAUCGCUUUCAAUCUACAUCCAGUGUCGAAGAUGAUGGGCAAGAUGAUAUCGAGCAUGAUGGAGUCACAGUUCUAGGAGUUGUUGAAGCGGACGACGAGGAGAAUGGACAUCAUCACGAAACUAUCGUUGAGGAGGACCUGACCGAACAUGACUUAUCAGAGAUGCAUGAUGUCAAAGAUUUCAAGGAUAUACUUUUGGAAUCCAAUGAUGCCAAUACAGAUAACUUAUCCAUGCGUAAACGGCGUGGUAAUUUGCCAAAACAAUCUGUAAAAAUAUUGAAACGGUGGCUAUAUGAACAUCGCUAUAAUGCAUAUCCAAGCGAUGCAGAAAAAUUUACACUAUCACAGGAAGCGAAUUUAACUGUACUUCAGGUGUGCAACUGGUUUAUUAACGCCCGUAGAAGAAUAUUGCCCGAAAUGAUACGUCGGGAAGGUAACGAUCCAUUGCAUUUUACAAUUUCCAGGCGAGGAAAAAAGCUGAAUUCAUCAAUGAACUCAUCGGGCGGCCUUAAUGCCUCAGGAACUGUGCCGAAUCCCAUUACUGGAAGUCCAGCAUCUGAGGUGAUUGUGGGUGCGACGGAAGAGGUUGAAGGUGAUGAAGAACAUGAUGGCGUGGCAAAUGUACUAACGGCACUGGGCCAUUUCGUACAAACACCAGGCGGACACAUGGUGAAAGUAGAGCCUGAUAUGGAAUAUGACGAUAGCGUUAUUUACAGGUGGCAGCAGGCAAUAUCCGCUAAUCCACAAGGCUUUCAAAGUUUACACCCACAAAUCCAAACGGAAAUUUUGGCCAAAAUUCAAGCUGCCAAACAAAAGCAAACAGUAUAUAUGCAACAGCUUUUAUGUCCAAAAACGGCGAUAAUCCAAGAUCCCAAUGGCGCAACUGUUGCAUGUGUAUCCGCUUCUCCUUCAUCUUCAAACAACUCUGCCGCGAUCAUUCCCCAGUAUCCUACAAACAAUACGAAAUAUUUUUAUUCCCAAACACUCAACCAAAUUUUUCAUAUUCAGAAUAAUACUCCGUCAAUGAAGAAUUCACAAUUCAAUGCGUUAAGAUCUGAAGAUGACAGUGUCAACGAGUACGAUUCGUGUGAGCCACAGAGUGAGGAGGAAGGCAAAUUUGAGAGCUCAGACGCCUGGCAAAGUGUUAUGAAGACUGUUUUCAGUACCGAAGAAGUAACGACUUCUAGUCCUACAGCAACGAAUAAUACCUUUUGGACAACGGCAACGCAUCCACAUACUACGACGGCGCAGUCGCAUGCGCUGGGUGUGACUGGCUCAACUAUUGUGGGCGUAACUGGCAACAAUGUGAUAUCUGCUGCCGAUGUCAAUGCACUCGCAACGCCUGUUGAAUUGACAGCUGAACCGGGUGUUGUAAUUGGGGCCGAAGCAACUGUAGUGACAUCGGGUGUUUCAAAUGCUGCAAACAGUUGUAAUACUAAUGUUGCAGGGGCGACCACUAAUAAUACAAUUGCAUCAACGGUACAGGUUAUACAUCCUGGCAGUCAUUUGGUAAAAGGUGUCGUACGCGAUGACAAAGAUAAAUUUAAAUGUCUGUACCUGUUGGUGGAGACGGCAGUUGCCGUGCGCCAACGUGAGAAAGAGCAAGAAGAUGAGGACGUGCAUGUAUUGGGGAAUUGAAAUUUACAUACAGAAAAAGUGAAAGGAAUCAUACACACACGAUGCGCACAGCAAAUGAAGAUGUUGUUGUUCUUUAUAUUGACUAUUGAGUUAAGGUUACUUCUACUUAAUACUACCACAAUAUUGUUCAGUUACACUUGUGAAUUUCGUAUGCAUUUCUCCCAAUGACGUUUGAGAAAUGCACUUACACCUCCAAUCCUUUAUAUUUCAUUUUACCUAUUUUCCUCUUAAUGUUCAAUAUUUGCCUUUAAAAUACAAAUUAGUUAAUUCACCACAAUCACAUCAGCUUUAUUAAAUUUCAAUUGCAUUACUUUUUGAAUGAAUUAUAUGCUUAUACUAAAUGCGUGAUAUAUUCCAAAAAUGCAUAUAAUUUUUAAAACAAAUAGACGUAUUUUUGCAAAAUGCAAUUUUAUAAAAUAAAGUUAAAAAAUUAUGUAAAAUAUUUUUCAAAACAUUUUCAUCCCUUAAUUAUUCAAAAAUGUUUACAAAUACGUCAUAGAAUGCUAUGCGAACUUCAAACUUUUUGCUUCUUUGGAAAGAGUAAUUAUUUUUUUAACAACGAGAAUUUGCUGCGAAAAUUCGCAAUGGUAAAAUUCCUUCGAACCAAAAAAUUAUUUAAUUUUUUCUCAAUAUUUGUAUCAAUAAAGUAAUGCACAAGGUUAAUACAAACAUUAAUUAUAGCAAAAAUGAUUCUUUUGCGCAUGAAUUCAGUUUUGAAGAUUCUUUUUUUUCAAUCUUUUGCAUAUAGAUUAAUAGUAGCUGCUGGCACCGACAUUUUUAUUAGAAUGCAUGAACAUUAAAUAACUUUUUAUUCAAUUUACAAAAACCAUAUGUUUGAUUGUAUAAAAGGCAAAUCGAACAGAAAUACGAAAAAUAUAGUUUCCACCAGCUAAAAACCUUUAAUUAAACUUUAAUAUAUUUAAAUGAAAUAAAUUUCAUACAUGUACCAUAUUU